GAAAGGGCCUGUGGUUCCGGCUGAGAAAGAUACUUCUCUUUAUUUUGGGGUUGUACAUUGCCAUUCCAUUUCUCGUCAAACUAUGUCCUGCAAUACAGGCCAAACUGAUUUUCUUGAAUUUUGGCACACUGUCCCAGCUAUCUGGUGGAAGAACGCCCAAGGAAAGAACCAGAUGUGGUAUGAGGAUGCCUUGGCUUCUAACCAUCCCAUCAUUCUGUACCUUCAUGGGAAUGCAGGCACCAGGGGAGGGGACCACCGUGUGGAGCUAUACAAGGUGCUGAGUUCCCUUGGUUACCAUGUGGUCACCUUUGAUUACAGAGGGUGGGGUGACUCCGCAGGAACACCGUCCGAGCGAGGCAUGACUUACGAUGCACUCCACGUUUUUGACUGGAUCAAAGCAAGAAGCAGUGACAACCCCGUGUACAUUUGGGGCCACUCUCUUGGCACUGGGGUUGCAACAAAUUUGGUACGGCGCCUUUGUGAGCGAGAAACACCGCCAGAUGCCCUGAUACUGGAAUCUCCAUUCACCAAUAUCCGUGAAGAAGCAAAAAGCCAUCCCUUUUCAGUGAUAUAUCGACACUUCCCUGGAUUUGACUGGUUUUUCCUUGAUCCCAUUACAAGCAGUGGAAUUAGAUUUGCAAAUGAUGAGAAUGUGAAGCAUAUCUCCUGCUCCCUGCUUAUUCUGCAUGCAGAGGAUGACCCAGUUGUACCCUUCCAGCUUGGCAGAAAGCUCUAUAGCAUCGCUGCACCAUCUCGAAGUUUCCGGGACUUCAAAGUUCAGUUUAUCCCUUUCCAUUCAGACCUUGGCUACAGACACAAGUACAUCUAUAAGAGCCCUGAGCUUCCACGAAUACUGAGGGAGUUCCUGGGGAAAUCGGAGCAAGAACAUCACCACUGAGGACUGACUGCAUUAAAAAAAGCAUGAAGACCUCUGCCCCCCUCCCCUCCCUCUUCCCCAGCCAGCUAGCACCUUGGGCCCUGGUGUCCCAGCAUCAGCAUUGCUCAGGACCCCGGAAUGUGGAUUAGCCUGAGGAAGUCCAAGCUGGCUUGAGGGAUGUGGGCCUUUGUGGACAGUGUGUAGGAAUGGGCUUGAGGCCCUCUCCCUCUUGCUUCCACUCACCUUGAAUGACUGCUGGGAAGGAUCCGUGAGAGGAGCGGGCAGCUGCCACCACUGGUCACUGUGGCAGAGUCCUUGAUUCCUGAGCAGGCACGGAGAGCUGUACUGCGCAGGGUCUUGGAGUGGCAGUGUGGGGUCUCAGGGCCCUUCCUGAGCUACGCCAUCCCAUCUACAGAGAAUAUCGAUGGGCUGGGUUCUUUCUGCCCUUUCCUGCUCACCCAGGUAGUCAGUUGCUCCUUCCUACCCCUACAGCUCUGUGCACCUGCUUGCCUCCUUGGCCAUCACGUAGCCACCCCACCCUCCACCCCAUGGGCCCUGCAUACCCACCAGACAGGUGGGUCAAGAUGGUGACCUAUACUUCUGCAUUCCUCUAAUGUGGGCUUAGACUAAGCAUUUAUUUAAGAAUAAAAUUGUGGUGGUGGUC